GUCAAAAUGGCGGUCGAAGUAAUGGAUGACUUCGAACUGGAAAAGUUGAGAGCUGAAAUUCAGCAAGAAAAGCAAAUGAAAGAAAUGUUGGAGCAGUCAGCUGCUGAAUUACGAGCAACAGUGGAGGAACUGGAAAAACGAUAUGACACUAUUGACAAUGAAGAUGGCAAGCGAGAUCGCUCGAGUGCAUCAAGUUCCGAUGAUUUGGAUUGGAAUGAAUGGAAAACACGAUACGAGACGCAAUCAGAAAUUAAUGAGCAGUUAGAACGGCAGAUUUUGAUGUUACAGAACAAAGUACAAGAAGCUAAAGCCAACCUGAAAGACGAAGAUUUAGCUGAGUUGGAUCUUAGACCGGGGAAGGGUAUAUUAAAACGUAGAGGAGUGGCUUUCACAGAUGAAACCUCUGAAGAGGGAAAUGGCAAAUGGGUGGAUAAAUGUAUACAAGUGGACAGAACUAAGUCUAACUUGACAAGUAUUUUGAAACCCUCCCCAGCAAGCAGUGCGGAUUCAAAGAACAGUAUAAGGUUUGAAAAUCCCGAGGAAAGCAAGAAAAAGCUGGAGAGGACAAUUAAAAUUAGAACCAAGCCUGGUAGCUAUCUUCCAGCUGGAAAGACGCCUAGAGACCUGAAAAAUUUUGAUGACCUUUCUGAUGCAAAUAAAUAUAUGGUUCGGUCGCUUGAAAAAGAAAAGCAAAUGCUUCAAGGGCAAAUUAGAGACAUUGAAUGGAGACUUGAUCAAGAGUCCAAGGCCUACCAUAAAGCAAACGACGAGAGGAAGACAUAUUCACUGGAGAUCAAUUCUACAAAGGGUUCCAUCAAUGAGGUGGCUAGUCGACCAAAGCUGUCCUCAAGUCGAGACGCCCUGGAUACCAUUCCAGGAUCUCGCACUCCGAGGAGUAUGGGUUCUAGGAUUUCACUGAAUGAAAUGGAUGAAAAUAGCUCUAGUCCUUCCCCAAGGAGGUCCAAAAUUAAAACUGUUCGAAAUACUAAUUACCGUAGCCUGAGAAGUUUGGAGCAUGAAAUACGCCAGCUAGAUGUGUUCUCCAUAGAUUCUAGUCUAGUCUACUGUUACCUUGGAAUACAACUGGACUUCUGUUCAAUAUUUCUUGUUGAUUUUGUUCAAUUGAUAUAUGGUUUUUGUUGCCGUUGCGUCCGUCGUCCACCGGAAGUAGUUUAAAAAUAUGCAAAAUUUUAUUUUUUUCUCUUUUAAAUGUUUCUUAUGAAGGCAAAUAGAGUGUCUCAUGUAAUAUUAUGUCCACCGGAAGUUAUUUUUCCAAACCGGAAGUAGUCCAAAAAAUGAGCAUUUUUCUUCGAAAUUAUCAGGGAUGAUUCCUUUACACUCAGAAAGGAGUAAAAGGUCAUUUUAAGUACUUCCGGUCACACCGGAAGUGAAUUAUAAAGACCGGAAGUUGUUUGAAAUUGAUAGAUUUCACUCUUAAAUGUGUUCUCAGGUAUUUUGAAUAAUUGAUCUGAACACUUUUUUUCAUUUAAAGUUGUUUUAUAACCUUAUCAAAAAUCGAACGGAAGACCUACUCGUUGCUCGCAACGAGAUCUCAUCUAGUAUUCUUACUAUUUUCGUAUUGACCAAAUUUUGGAAAUGACCUUUGUCCGGUCCAUUUCUCCAGAACAGAUUAAGAUAUGAAAGUUAACUGUGUCAGAUAUCAUAGAUCAUGACUUCAAGAUUUGUCCAUUAACAUUUUUUCCGUCGUCAAUACUUCCGGUCGUCACAGAAAAGGGAAUUAAAACUCGAUUUUGAACAUUUCUUUGUCUUUCUUUCUUCUUUUUUCUGUGAUAUUCAUGGUGAAAGUUAAAGCCCCUUUUUGAUGAUUUUACGUAUAAACAGUUUCUUGAUUUGAUUAAGAAGGAAUUAAAUAUCUUUGAAUAUCUGAGAACUUUCGCAAAUGUAGGUUCAACGUUUCCUUAAACACUAAAAAAUAUUCAUUUCAUUUUCUCAUAAAUAGACUUCGCGGGGGGAAAACCCAUUGUGCAAUACACAAGUGUGCAGGUAAAGUCUUUGACGCGAUGGCGAAAGGACCUGUAGAAAAAACUUCCCUGGUUCAAUUGAGACGAGAUUUUAGUAAAUAAAGUGUGUAUAUUGAAUAUAUUAUAUGUGUUCAUCUUACCCCCCCCCCCAUUUCUUUUUUGUGAACUGUAAAAGACCUAGCUCUCACCUUUCUCACAUAUUGAAAUGAAUGCCAAUUCGGC